UGUGAAAAUUGUACAAGCAAAGAUGCCUCUAAAGGAAGAUGCUUUGAAUGUUGCAAGUUCAUGUGCGACUUUUGCUUGAAAACCCACCAGCGUUUCCUGGAAACCAGAGACCACAAGAUCAUGACACUUGAAGAAGUCAAGAAACAAGGUGCUCCAGCCAUGACACAACAAGUUAAAUGUGAGAAACACAAAGGCGAAGUCAAAAAACUUUACUGUGAAUCCUGUCAGCAGUUGAUUUGUCGUGACUGCACCAUCAUCGACCAUCGUGAUCACAAGUUUCAGUUCAUAGAUGAAGUGGCUGAAAGACAUGUCAAAAAUCUCAAAUCAGAUAUACAGAGCGCUUCAGCAAUGAAAUAUCGUAUCCAGAAAUCAUUGGAGGAAAUAAAAGCGACCAAAUCAAAUAUAAACGCCAAAGCUGUACAAAUAAAAAAGGAUGUCGAUAAGGCAAUAAAUCAGAAAAUUCAAAUUUUGGAACAGCAACGAAAAAGUCUUAAGAAAGAGGUUGAGGCAAAGACAAAUGCUAAAGUUAAAAACCUCGAAAAGCAAGAGAAUGGCCUUCUAACAAAGAUGAAAAAUUUGAAAAGUGCAAUUGAUUUUACAGAAAACCCUCUAAGAAGCACAAACGUGAAUAUUUUGUCAUUGUCAUCAGAAGCCGGUUGUCGAUUGAAAUCAUUAACCCGCAUCAAGUUCAAAGGCCAACCUUGUGAAAAAGAUACAUUGGGUUUUCAAGAUGAUGACCAGAGAUUUCAGAACAUUGUGAAAACUAUGAUGAAUGUUUUUGAAGCCCCGGCUGAUCCUGAUAUUGGUCUUAUGGGCUAACUUGUAUAGUCAUCCAUUUGGAAAUUGCUUUCCCGGUGUUAAUAGUUAUCCAAACAAUUAAAGAAAGCAUUUAUUUUUCACGGUAGGCAAGAGUAAUUGUACUAGACCAUUGUAUCAAAUGACGAAAUUUCAAACAAAAGUAACAAAAAGUUACACACGCAAUAGAAAAAUUGGAUAAGGACUAAUAUUUUCCAAAAUAUGACAUUAAAAACAACUUUACUGCAGAUCUAAAAAAAAAAAAAAAUAGUAAAGCCGGACAAUUCGUCCCUGCCUUCCCCCAUAAGACCUUCCAUAAUGUCAAAAAGAUUGUGAAAAGAAUGAAUCCAGUUUAUUGUCAAACAUUUUAAGAAGUUGUAACACGUUAAUAAUAUUUGAUGCGGUCUCCCUGUUCCGUUCAUGGAGAUACCCGGAAAUACGUCAUUACAAUUUAGAUUAUGCAUCUUUCCUGGAAUUAUCUUAAAAAUGUAUGUACCAAGCACAGUUCGAUAAAGAAAGACUUUAACUUCGAAUGAUAAGAAAAUCAAGAAAAAACUGUAAUUAAAGUCUUGUCAACUAAUUAACCUGCAGUAAGUAUUAGAUAUAGAUGUAUAUUCUAGUGAUACCUUAUCAGCCAUAGGCGUCAGAUAUUCAUAUAGCGUUGAAAAAUAAGUUUGAGUUUAUC